AUGGUCCGCAAGCUCAAGUUUCACGAGCAGAAGCUUCUGCGGAAGCACGACUUCAUCACAUACAAGCAGGAUGGCGAUCACCGAGAUGCGGCAGUGGUGCGCCGGUAUAUGAUUCAGAAGCCUGAGGACUAUGUGAGUAUUGCCGCGACCAUCAUACUAUCGACACCCGCUAACAAGGACAACCAGCACAAAUACAACCGGCUAUGCGGCUCCAUCCGUCAAUUGGCGCAUAGAUUGAGUCUCAUGCCCCCCGAGAGCGCGGCUCGACGCAAGCACGAGAAGCUCCUCCUUGAUAAGCUGUACGACAUGGGCGUUUUGUCUUCCGCAUCAAAGCUUUCUGCUGUUGAGCACAACGUCACCGUGAGCGCCUUUGCUAGGCGGCGUCUCCCGGUCGUCAUGACUCGACUUCGGUAUGAAAGCCAGACACAGCUACUGGAUCCGCAAAAGCAAAUGCUAAUCGUGUUUCUCAGGAUGGCCGAGACCGUUCAGGCGGCGACGAAGCUCAUCGAGCAAGGCCACGUUCGUGUGGGUACCGAGACAUGCACCGACCCGGCAUUCCUGGUGACUCGCAGCAUGGAGGACUUUGUCACCUGGACCGUGGGCAGCAAGGUGAAGAGGAACAUCAUGAAAUACCGCGACAAGUUGGACGACUUCGAGUUGUUGUAA